CGACAUUACCACUAAUAGCCCAUUCCGAUCCACCACAAUGGUUCAAUACUUCGAAUCCAUUUCAGAUGAUAUUCGCGACUGGGCUUUACGCCAGAGCGUCUUCUUCGUGGCCUCGGCGCCUCUGCGUGGCCGCCACGUGAACCUGUCUCCGAAAGGCCUCCCAGACGCCUCUUUCGCCAUUCUGGGCCCUAAUGAAGCAGCUUACGUAGAUGCGACAGGUUCUGGCAAUGAGACGAUUAGUCAUUUGCGAGAAAAUGGCCGUAUUACUGUGAUGUUCUGCUCUUUUGACAAGUCACCGCGCAUUCUGCGACUGUUUUGCACGGGCUCAGUUGUUGAAUGGACCGAUCCCCAGUUUCCUCAAUAUUUGGAGCGCAUGGCAGGAAAACAUGUCACAGGCGCCCGUGCUAUUAUUCAUCUGGACGUUUUUAAGGUCCAAACAUCGUGUGGGUUCGGUGUGCCACAGCUAGCUUUGACUCAUGACCCGGAGACCAACGAAGUGAAGCCAUAUCUCAAAGACCGCGAAACGAUGGGCUAUUGGGCUGGUAAAAAGGUGAGUGCAGGCCAGAUGCGCGCGUAUCAGCAAGAGUGGAACGUUAGUAGUCUAGACGGGCUUCCUGGUCUUCAUUCCGCACUGAGAGAUAAUCACAAGAGUGUAUGGUGGGCACAGUUGGAAGGUUGGAUGAAUCGCCAUCGAGAUGAGCUGGAAACGACGAAGACUUCAAUCUUGCUUUUGUUUGUGGGUAUGGCGAUCCUGCAGUGGGCUGGGUAUAUAUAGAUAGAUUGUAUAUGACAAUGUAUCUGCUGUAUGCGAGAGAUGAUAUGCUACUUCGUUGAUGGUGUUGUCUUGAUGGAAUUUUUCUUGCUGUUAGAUAUAUCUCUCUAUCUUUUUUUCACUGAAUGUGCAGCCUCGAGGGGGAUCGACUUUGAGUAUAUAAACACAGCUAUGCAGACUGAAACGACAAUGAGCAUCAG